AGGUACUGUGGACAUAAAACCGCUGUUCUCGCUCUGACGCGGUGGGUGUAAAGUGCCGGCUAGGGCCCCGCAUUGGAUUCCACUUUGAUUCUGGAAGGUUGACUGCAUGGUUCGGUUGUAGUCUCUGGGAACACACAAAUACACUCCAUUAAAAGAGAGCAUCGUCUGAUCCGUCCCAUCUUUUUCUUCACCCAAGGUCCUGCAUGUCUAAUAUUUAGACAUGUUCAGCUUUGUGGAUUCACGGACUGUUCUGCUACUUGUAGCAUCCCAAGUUGUUUUAAUAUCCAUUGUCAGAUGCCAGGAAGAGGAUGACCAGGAGGCAGGCAGCUGCAUCCAGGAUGCCCAUCGCUAUAACGACAAGGAUGUGUGGAAGCCGGAGCCGUGUCGUAUCUGUGUGUGUGACAGCGGGUCAGUGCUGUGUGAUGAGAUCAUCUGCGAGGAGAUCAGAGAGUGUGCCAACCCCAUCAUCCAACCUAGAGAGUGCUGCCCCAUCUGCCCUGCGGACGCCAGCGCCCCCACUGAGGCGGUGUUUGGUGCUAAGGGCCAGAAAGGGGCACCAGGCGAGAUUGCAGAUGUUGUAGGACCGAAUGGACCAGCAGGCCCUAUGGGCCCCUCGGGCGAGCAGGGACCACGUGGAGAAGCUGGCGCUAAGGGUGAUAAGGGAAAUGUUGGCCCCAGAGGCAGAGAUGGUGAGCCUGGAACCCCCGGGAACCCCGGAACCCCUGGCCCUCCUGGACCCAACGGAACCCCAGGUCUUGGCGGGAACUUCGCUGCGCAGAUGGCUGGUGGAUUCGAUGAGAAAGCUGGAGGCGCACAGAUGGGAGUGAUGCAAGGACCUAUGGGCCCUAUGGGUCCCCGUGGUUCACCUGGCCCUUCUGGAGCCCCUGGCCCACAAGGUUUCCAAGGUAACCCCGGAGAGACUGGAGAGCCAGGCCCUGCUGGUGCACUGGGACCCCAAGGACCCCCUGGACCUUCUGGCAAACCAGGAAGUGAUGGUGAGGCUGGCAAACCUGGAAAGGCUGGUGAACGUGGACCUGCAGGACCUCAGGGAGCUCGUGGAUUCCCCGGAACUCCUGGUCUUCCCGGAAUCAAAGGACACAGAGGUCAUCCUGGUCUUGAUGGAUCUAAGGGAGAGGGUGGUGCUGCUGGAGCCAAGGGUGAGGGUGGCGCUCCCGGAGAGAAUGGCGCCCCUGGACCAAUGGGACCACGUGGUCUGCCUGGCGAGAGAGGCCGUCCCGGACCUUCUGGCUCUGCUGGUGCCCGUGGUAAUGAUGGCUUGCCUGGCCCUGCUGGUCCUCCUGGGCCUGUCGGACCUGCUGGAGCACCUGGUUUCCCUGGAUCUCCUGGUUCCAAGGGAGAAGCUGGCCCCACCGGUGCCCGUGGAACUGAAGGCGCACAGGGACCCCGCGGAGAGGCUGGCACACCCGGAUCUCCCGGUCCCGCUGGCGCCUCUGGCAACCCUGGUACUGAUGGUAUCCCCGGAGCUAAAGGAUCUGCUGGCGCUUCUGGUAUUGCUGGUGCUCCUGGUUUCCCAGGACCCCGUGGCCCCCCCGGACCUCAGGGAGCAACAGGACCUCUUGGGCCCAAGGGCCAGUCGGGAGACCCCGGUAUUCCUGGUUUCAAAGGAGAGGCUGGACCCAAGGGAGAGCUUGGCCCUAUUGGUCCCCAAGGCGGCCCUGGCCCCGCUGGCGAGGAGGGCAAAAGAGGAGCAAGAGGAGAGCCGGGUGCUGCUGGACCACUGGGACCUCCUGGCGAGAGAGGAGCUCCCGGUAACCGUGGUUUCCCGGGUCAGGAUGGUCUUGCUGGUGCUAAGGGAGCCCCUGGUGACCGUGGUGUUCCCGGCGUGGGUGGGCCUAAGGGAGGCACUGGUGACCCCGGCCGCGCAGGAGAGCCUGGUCUUCCCGGAGCCAGAGGUCUCACUGGUCGCCCUGGAGAUGCUGGUCCUCAAGGCAAAGUUGGUCCUGGUGGUGCUGCUGGGGAGGACGGUCGCCCCGGCCCACCUGGUCCUCAGGGAGCACGUGGCCAGCCUGGUGUGAUGGGAUUCCCCGGACCAAAGGGAGCCAAUGGUGAGCCUGGCAAGGCAGGAGAGAAGGGUCUCGUGGGUCGUCAAGGUCUGAUAGGUCUGUCUGGUAAAGAUGGUGAGACUGGCGCUGCUGGACCCAACGGCCCUGCUGGACCUGCUGGAGAGAGAGGAGAGCAGGGAGCUGCUGGGCCAUCUGGCUUCCAGGGUCUGCCUGGACCUGCUGGCUCCCCGGGAGAGGGAGGCAAGCCUGGUGAUGCGGGUGUUCCUGGAGAGGCUGGUGCUGCUGGCGCUACGGGACCCAGAGGCGAGCGUGGUUUCCCUGGUGAGAGGGGCGGUGCAGGAUCUCAGGGUCUGCAGGGACCUCGUGGACUUCCCGGAACUCCCGGAACCGAUGGACCCAAGGGAGCCAUUGGGCCAACUGGUGGUGCUGGAUCUCAGGGACCCCCCGGCCUGCAGGGUAUGCCAGGAGAGAGAGGAGCUGGUGGUAUCCUCGGAGCCAAAGGUGACAGAGGUGACAACGGCGAGAAAGGACCUGAGGGCGCUCCUGGAAAGGACGGUUCCAGAGGCUUGUCUGGUCCCAUUGGUCCUCCUGGCCCAGCUGGUCCCAACGGCGUGAAGGGUGAGGGCGGACCUUCUGGCCCAACUGGUGCUGCUGGUGCCCGUGGUGCUCCUGGUGACCGUGGUGAGGGUGGUCCUCCUGGGCCUGCUGGCUUCGCUGGGCCUCCUGGUGCAGAUGGUCAGCCUGGAGCCAAGGGAGAGUUUGGCGAGGCUGGACAGAAGGGAGAUGGUGGUGCCCCUGGACCUCAGGGACCCUCUGGGGCCCCUGGGCCUGUGGGUCCCACUGGCGUUUCUGGAUCUAAAGGAACCCGCGGUGCCCAGGGUGCCGCUGGUGCUACUGGUUUCCCUGGUGCUGCUGGAAGAGUUGGUUCUCCCGGUCCCAACGGUAACCCUGGUGCUGCUGGCCCCGCUGGUCCUGCUGGUAAAGACGGUCCUAAGGGAGUUCGCGGUGACGCUGGCACCCCAGGAAGACAGGGAGACGCUGGGCUGCGUGGAGUUGCUGGAGCCCCUGGCGAGAAGGGAGAUGCUGGAGAAGAUGGUCCCCCUGGUCCUGAUGGUCCUUCAGGUCCCCACGGUCUGGCUGGGUCUCGUGGUAUUGUUGGUCUGCCUGGGCAGCGUGGAGAGAGAGGCUUCCCUGGACUUCCUGGACCUUCUGGAGAGCCCGGUAAGCAGGGAGCUACUGGUGCUGGUGGUGACCGUGGACCACCUGGCCCUGUGGGACCCCCUGGACUGUCUGGACCCGCAGGAGAGCCCGGAAGAGAGGGCAACGCUGGAUCUGAUGGACCCCCAGGUAGAGAUGGAUCCACUGGGGUCAAGGGUGAGCGUGGUAACACUGGUCCUGCUGGUGCUCCUGGUGCCCCAGGCGCUCCCGGUGCCCCCGGCCCUGUCGGCCCCCUGGGCAAGCAGGGAGACAGAGGAGAGGGAGGUGCUCAAGGACCUGCCGGACCCGCUGGACCAGCUGGCGCUAGAGGAAUGGCCGGACCCCAAGGACCCCGUGGAGACAAGGGAGAGGCUGGCGAGACAGGAGAGAGGGGACAGAAGGGACACCGCGGCUUCACUGGUCUGCAGGGUCUUCCCGGACCUCCCGGCUCCGCUGGAGACCAGGGAGCUGCUGGACCUGCCGGACCUAGUGGCGCUAAAGGACCCCCUGGCCCAGUCGGUCCCACUGGUAAGGAUGGAUCUAACGGUACCCCUGGACCCCUCGGACCCUCUGGGCCUCGUGGUCGUUCUGGAGAGACUGGUCCUGCUGGUCCCCCUGGUAACCCCGGACCCCCUGGUCCUCCUGGUUCUCCCGGCCCUGGCAUCGACAUGUCUGCCUUCGCUGGCCUGUCUCAGCCUGAGAAGUCUCCGGAUCCCAUGAGGUACAUGAGGGCUGAUGAGGCGUCCAGCUCCCUGAGGCAGCACGACGUGGAGGUGGACUCCACACUCAAGUCCCUCAACUACCAGAUCGAGAACCUGCGCAGCCCCGACGGUAGCCAGAAAAACCCUGCCCGCACCUGCAGAGACAUCAAACUGUCCCACCCCGAGUGGAAGAGCGGUGACUACUGGGUGGAUCCUAACCUUGGCAGCACAGCUGACGCCAUCAAGGUCUUCUGCAACAUGGAGACUGGCGAGACCUGCGUGUACCCCAGCAUAGCCAAAGUACCGCACAAGAACUGGUGGACAAGCAAGAGCAAGGACCGCAAACACGUCUGGUUCGGAGAGACCAUGAAUGGAGGAUUCCACUUCAGCUACGCUGAGGACGGUACCAACGCCGCCAGUAUCCAGCUGACCUUCUUGAGGCUGCUGUCCACGGAAGCGUCUCAGAACCUCACCUACCACUGCAAGGACAGCGUGGCUUACAUGGACGCGUCCACGGGCAACCUGAAGAAGGCUCUGCUGCUCCAGGGCUCCAACGACGUGGAGAUCAGAGCUGAGGGCAACAGCCGCUUCACCUACAGUGUGGUGGAGGACGGCUGCAAGAAACACACAGGCCAGUGGGGCAAGACUGUCUUCGAGUACAAAACACAGAAGACCUCCCGUCUGCCCAUCGUGGACAUUGCUCCCAUGGACAUCGGAGGAGCAGACCAGGAGUUCGGUGUGGACGUGGGCGCAGUCUGCUUCUUGUAAAGUGGGAUAAAGAAGACGACAAAAAACUAAAACACGAAAGAAAUAACUAUGAAACAAUACACGCUCCAAAAAAAAAAGAAAGACCGGAACUUAAAAAAUUAUAAUUGAUAUUUUCUCUUACAAAGAAGUGCUCUCCAAGUUGUACACCCUGGAUGUUAGCGCUGAAGGACACCAGCAAUAUCCGUACGUAAAUCCAGCAUUCCCCAGUCGUGUUGCCUGUGGCCCACAGUUGGUGGGAAUGAGUUUGAGCCAGAAGGAAAAGGGACCAAGCCAAGGGACGAGUGAUGGAGAAGCAGAAACAUGACUCGAUGUCACUUAUUUAUUGUCUAAACUUUAAAGGGGCAUAGAUGAGGUACAGUGGGACUGGGGGGCUUCACCAUAAGAACAACACAAGCUCCUCUCACUACAGAACACCUAGAACCUCCCACUCCCCCUCCCUCUCCAACCUAGCUACAAAUACACCAUUUUGAAUCAAUGUAGACCCAAAAAUAUUUUCAGUAAUUAUAAGGUGCUCAAACUGUUUUUUUACCAUCAAGACCAGGAGCUCAACUUUUACUGUGUAUUAAAAAUACUUGGUUCUAUUGUUGUAAAAAUCUGUGUUUAUAAACAACCAGAUGAUUUUAUAUAUAUUUCCACAUUAUGUGUGUACAUGUGUCUAUAUGCACACUAACACUUUUUGGAAAGUGAGGUUACAUUUGGGAUAUGUCUUUCAUUGUCCUUUACCCCUUGAUUGCCCAUUAGAGGAAAAUGUCUUACUCAAUUGACAAACAACCCAAAAAAAUCAAAUAAAAUUUGGGAAAUUAAAUCAGUUUCGUUUUGUUGUAGUCAUCCUGAUUGUUUAAAGCUACCUCACGCUGAAAAACAAAGUGAAAACGUUGACUUUAAAUCUUGAGCUGACCAAAAUGAGCUUUCGGGUAGAACUGGUGCUAUCUGGGCUUUGGGUGCUGUCUUCAGAAGGUGCUAUGAGUUCUAGAAUUCAGUCUCUGCCAUUGUUCCCCCAAACCCCCACUAGCCUCACACCACACACACACCCCACCUUGGAGGACAGGUGCAGUCAAUCAAGGCAGGGAACCAAGUGGCUCUGGAUAUUCUCCUAUGGAGUCUACGCCCCACAAAUAGAAUCACGGGACUCCAAGGAGAGCUACCCAAAACGACCAGGGUGGCUUGUCUCUUUCUGUGUGUGUGAGGGUGUGUCAAUUUCUUUUGUUGUUAUUAAUUUUAUGAUGAUCAUGAUCAUUUUUUUGUUUGUUUUUAUUUUGUUACACUUUUAAUUGAUGUAAAUUGGAAAUAAAAAGGAAAAACCAAGUAACAAUGAAGUUGAUUUUUAAUUGCGUUUCUUUUGAGUAAGUACGGAAAUGGCAUGGGAGUUGAAUAGCUUUUUUUUGCUAACUGAACCCAAGGUCUGUAUACUUUAAAGUUUUUGUUGUAGUUAUAUUUCUUGGGAGUUCAGUUAACUUUUUUUUUAUGUUUGUGAGUGCAUGGUAUGUGUGUGAGUAUGCGAGACUGUGUGUGAGUGUGUGUUAUAGCUAUGAGAAAAUCUCAUUACACAGGAAUGAAAGUACUGUCUGUAAUCAUUCACCGGUUUCAGGGUUGUGCCGGGCAUGGUUGGCUUCUGUUUGUUUGAAUUAAUAAGCAUAAAUAAAGAAAAUGUGCUGAA